UUUCCUCUGCACAGGUUAUGAUAAAUCUCCCCCAUUGUGGUGUAAACAGUACUUCAGGAGGCCUACUGCAAUGCUCCCCAACCUGUGGCUCUGCAGCUGUGAAAAACUACAACUCCCAUAAGGCCCUGCCAACAGAGCUGUGUUUUGAAACGGCGGGAGAGGCACAGAUUGAGGAGCAGAGCAUUGGCUUAGACGCCAGAGGAUCCCCAGUAUCGUCCCCGGCUGAUAAAGCAAAGAGCCGCAGCACACGUGCACGCAGGAGACGUUACGUUCUACCGUUAGAACACGUGACCCUAUUCAGUAAAGUCGCCGUUUAACCCGAUACACAGUAACGCCACACAACACGUACACAGUAUCCAUGCUUUACCAUACAACCGGUCAUAGGACGUGUUCACCCAGGGGCCACCUCGUGUACCGGGGAUGAAAGCAACGACCUAGGGGAGUGAGGCCUAAGAGGAAGCGGGCAGCCUGCAAGCACACAGUCCCCAUGCUGCAGCCGGUCAGCAUUACAAUGCACAAAGGAAAGAGGGCCAGACAGAGGCCGCCAUUCGCUACCCCCACCCGUCUAACCCACAGAAAACAAUCACCCUGGAAGCGCGCAAUACGGUACUCACCGGUGGAAGCCAUUUUGUGUACUCUAACCACCUCAGCGUCCGUGUGUGGGGAGAGCUAGGAGCGCAUGCGCUGUACUGACCAACCUAGACCAUACCAUUCGUUGCCGGGGGGAUGAGAUGCUGAAAUUGGUGCUUAGAAAAGGGCCACCUCUAGGAUGCCUACUGCUGAUGCUUUUGCUGGUGCUUGGGAGUCUUAUUCUGUCAUGCAGUGACUUGGUGCUACAUCUGGAAACUUUACAAGAAUUUUGGGAAGGCCUUUCUUGGGUGAAGACAUCACCUUUAACCUCGGGUAACCUAUAUCCAAGGCAUCGAAUUUUCACCCACGUGCUCUGUGCCACCGACAACCAGCUGAUUUUAUUAUCAUUGCUUCUCUUCCCUCUUCUGUUCUGGAGGAUGGAGGAAUGUCUUGGCACUUUAUACUUCCUGCAGUUGUCAUGUCUGGGCACAGUGUGCUCUGCCAUUCUCUACCUGCUGAUAUCCUCCCUUCUGCCUGUGCCUGCAGUCCCUGCUUCAGGAUACCUCUCCACCCAGUUAUCACUAUUGGUAGCUAAGCACAAAGCUGUCAAAUGGAGACUUGGCAAAAAAAUGUGUUUUAUGUUACCAUAUGGAAUCCUCAUAAUCACUCAGUUACUUUUUCCUGAAUCUUGUCUUUUAUUUAAUAUCUGUGGAAUACUUAGUGGACUGGCUACUCAUGCUGGAUUACUUCGUCAUUUAGAGCUGCCAGUUUCAAGAAGGCAAGAACUUGAUAGCAUGCACAUCUGCAACUGCUUGGCAUCUUUUAACUUGGCACGGUUUAUCCCAGGUCAAGAAGAAAAUUCUUCAUUAUAUAACUCAAAUUCUGCAGAAAAGGAAAGCCUUCCAUUCUACUAUAGAGAUUCAUAUCAAUCAGUUGUCUCUGAUGAUCUGCCCAUAGGAGGGGCAACUAUGCAUGCUUCAAAUGUUACCGAUUUUAGAAAGACUCCUGUUUGGUUAGGAGACUCUGCAUCCCUGGAAGAGGAGAUGUUGGAAGCGGGAAUUCUGGCUUCUCUGAGAGAAUAUGAGGAACAGGAAAAGCUGAAGCAGGAGCCAACCCUCAACAAGUCCAGUGUGUCUGCACUUAGACUUCAGCAGCUGGAACGCAUGGGAUUUCCAACAGGACCUGCAGUUGUUGCAUUAGCUGCCACAGGAAAAGUAGAGAGAGCUGUGUCUCUUCUUGUAGAAGGAGAAAUUGGUAGAGACAUUAUAGUGGCUAAUGAAAGACAGUCUCUUCGUGGAACACUAAAUUCUGCUGAAACAAGACAAUUACAUAAUUCUUAACAAAAAAAAUGUAGGAUACAUAAAAUUAUUUUCACCUGUUACAAAUAGGAGUAUUACAAUGAUCAAAAGAAUGACAUAGGAGAUUCAUCAUUCUUUUCAAGCGUAUGGCUUUUAUAAGACAAUUUUUUUUUUACUUACUUUUGCUUACGUGCGACCUAUUUAUCAAAUAGUCGCAGGACCUUGAUAAAUAAAUCUCACGUAAGCAAAACCUGGGAAACCUGCUUGCAAAGCAUUUUUUAAAGCAGAAAAGUUUUCCUUUAUGUUAAUAGCCAAAGUUCUUUAUCUACUCUUUAUUACCAGUAGCGUUGCUAGAGAGUGACGGGGGAGGGGGGCGUAGCGCAUCGGGUGACACCCUGACUGGCCCGCAACAUCCCAUCCACCCUCCUCAGAAAUUUAAAACAUACUAUGCUGCACCAUGAAUAUCCAUACUCUGGAGGCUUUUUUGUUUAAUUUUGACAUUUUGUGACAUUGGUGUGCGGAGUCUUGAGGCCGGAUUUUACGUCAGGAAGGAAGACAGCGCAGCACCAACAGGCACAUAAACAAUAGUGAAGCCACAAAAGUACCUUACCCACCCUAAAGUGUGCAUGAAGCUGUAUUACUAUGGAUGUUUCUCUUUUUUAAGGAAAAAAUUUUGUGUCACAUAUGGGUGAUUUAUGUCGUCUGCAAAACUUCUUACACAAUUAUUUUGUGCCUUAUUCUGUUUUAACACAACUCCAGCAUGUACGUGUCCUAAAAUUAACAAGGUGUGCAGUGUAUAUUUUCAACCUUAAAAUUAAUAGUUAUUAGUUAUAUAAUUAAUUUUCUCUAUAAUUAACAUUAACAUUAAUGCAGUAGCUUUGUUUCAUGAUGCAGAACAAGAACAGUUGUUAAAGUGGGUGUUAAUGUCCUUUUCUGCAGAUGUAUGCACUUUCUGUAAGCCAGGUUGGACCUGGAAUACAUAUGCGACUUUUAAAUAAAGAUGCAACUUUUUUUCUUCAUAAAUAGCGACUAUUGCAUUUGAUAAAUACAUGACCACUGCAAAGUAAAAAAUUACUACGUGAGCAGAUUUCAGAAAUGUGCUUUGGAAUAAGGUCGCAGCUUGUAUGGAAAAGUCGCACAUGCGCUUUUUUUACGCAAACAAAAUCUACGGAGCUUGAUAAAUCUCUUUCAUAAUUGAAAGGGUUGUCUCAACUUCUGUCCAUAUAUCCUGUAAGGAGAUAUAGAUGCAUAGUUCAGGACCCCACUCAAUCAGCCAGAGUUCUGUUGGACUCAACAUCUACAUACUGUAUUACAUGGAUGACCAUUCAUCUGAAUGGCUUACUAUGUAAUACUACAUUUACCUGAAAUGUCUGCCCAUGGCUCCACAGGUGAUUCCAAUAUUAAAGAUAUUAUCUGUGAUAAGACAACCCAGUAAAGUGUAGCUUCUCUCAAAACCUACAAUUUAGCAACAAAUGAAUCAGCGCAUCACACUGCCAUCGUCAGCUUUCCUCCUUCCCAUCCUGGUGCUGUCUCUUCCCCAGGUAAGCAAUGCAUAUAUAACUAGCCGUCCACAUGAUGUAAAAGCUCAAAUGGGUUAGCAUGGGCUGUCUGACCUGUCUGAAUCUAUGCAGCCCCAUAUGCAGCAAGCUGUGAUGCAAUGUGUUUUAAUAUCUUUCUGUCAUUGCCAGUAUUAAUUUUUCUGUAAAA